UGCACACGCGAAUCGGCGCACGCGGCCGUCGGGUAACCGUCGUUUUAAAUCGAAAUAUAACCGAUGCGGAGCAAGAGCUCGAGGCGGUUGUGCAGGCGUGCAGUGUUGGACGUGCGGUCGUGCGGCUUUCGGUUCGCGGGUUUCUUCGGGAGUAAACGGGGCGCAGAGGUCGCGGAGGGUGGACGACGGAGGAGAAUUCGAACGGAGGAACGUGGUGCCAACCGGUCGUCGUCGGGAUCCUCUCAUCUCCGCGCGGCUUGUUGACGUUUCUCGCUCGCGGAGUCAACCGUGUUCCGGUAUUCUUGAAAGUGCUGAGACACGGCGGCGACAUGUCCUUCUCCAAGGCGAAGAUACAACGCUUCAAUGAGAUCGGAAGCGAGGCUCCUCCGCCAGGCGCUUAUGAUCCAAAAUUUGAUAAUAAAGUGAGGGGACUCGUGAUCGAAAAAUCCGACAGAUUCUUGGAAGCUAAGAGCGUGUGCAGCGCGGAAUGUAACGCAUCGGUGUCCGGGAAGAGCCUUGGAGUCAUCUCGAUCCCCUCCUUUCGCACGCCUCAGAUGCCUCGGAAACGGUUGGGUGGGAAAUUGACAGGAGUGGUUUCUUGUAAGGCCAAAGGCAAGUUCGAAUCGACUGAUUUGAUUCGAAGUCAAAGCAUGAAAUACGAGUCCGCCCAGCACCUCGCGGACCUUCAAGUGGAAUGUUCAAACAAGGAUAAGACUAUACAGGAGCAGGAGAAAUAUAUCGAGGAAAUGAAGGAAGAUGUGAUGAAAUUGCUGCUCGAAGUAGAGGAGUUGAGCAAAAAGCAGAUCGAGACGGAGGAGAAGCAUACCAAGGAUAUAGAAACAAUGGCCGAGCUGCAACAAGAAGUACUGAAUAAUCGCGACAAGAAACACGAAGGAGAAAUGCGGAUACUUCGCUUGCAAUUAUUGGAAGUGUCCGAGGAGAGGGAGCGCGAAUUCUCGGCGCGAAAGACAAUCGAGUCGGAACUUCGAAAUCGCGCGACCGAACUGUCGAAAAAAAUAACCACACUGGAAGUUGGAUUAUGCGCCAAAAAGAAGCAGAAAAAAUUGCGGAUCGCGGAACUGGAGAUGCGCAUCGCGGAACUUCUGAAUACACUCGAGAUGGAGCAUGAUCGCCAUGACACCGAAAUUGAAUCAUUGAGCGAGGAAAAACGCCAGCUCGAUGUGUGUGUCAUGGACUUAACGCAGGAGUGCUCUAAUCUCGAGGCUAAAUUGGAGAAGCGACAGAACGUUAUCCUGCGACUUCAGAGUCAAUUGUCCACUCUGCAGUGCGAAUUAGACGAGCUUAAGGCCGAAUACGAGAAGUUAGCUGACGAAUCGAUCAAGCGAAUUUCCGAUCUCACCGACAAACAUGAGAAAGAAAUUGAAUCUCUGCGGGAUAACUUCGCCAAAGAGAGAGAAGAAUUGCUAAUCUCGAACGAGACGCUCAAAUCGUACGUGAAAGAGAAGGUGCACGAAGUAGAAGAGACAAAUGCUUUCCUUACGGAAGAAUUGGAGGACGUUCAGAGACUUUACAAAGAUGUGUCUCAGCGUUUGUACGAGGCUCAGAAAGAGCUGGAGCUCUCGAACAGUAAGCAUGCUCUUAUGGUGGAGAAAUAUAAGAAAGAUUUGGAUGACAUGAGGAAUCAGCAUGCCGAAGAGAAAUCCAAACUGGAGCAAUUAUUGGAAGAUACCAAAGAAGAGUACUUGAAGGAACUGGAAAAUGUUUCAAUGGCGCGGGAUAAGGAGUUGGACUAUUUGAAGCAAGCAUCCGAGAGAAAGAUGAAGGAGGAGAAAAAACGGAUGACGGAACAUGCCCAGAAAAUGAUCGAUAACGCGAAGGUCGUUACGAGGGAAACUUUAGCGGCGUGUCGUGCCGAGAGCGAAGAACGGGUGAAAAGAGCAAUCGUUGAAUGCGACGCGAAAGUAAGCGGGUCACACGUCAACGCCAUGAUUAGGGAGGCGCGAAACACCGUGGAGGAGGAGAUGAGACUUGCUGCCGAAAGAUACAAAGCGUGUCUGGCCCGUAUGGAAACGGAGCGUACUGCAUUAGAUGAGAAACUUUCGCAGAGGGACGCCGAAAUCACCAAGCUCUCCGCGACGCUCGAGGAGCUGAGAUCGUCCGCGGAAACUCAGGAGAGCUUUAGUCAAAGUUUGCAGGCCGAGUUAGAUAAAGCGGAAGCCGAAUUAGCGGAGAAGAAGGAGGAAUUGAGAGCUCUGAAAGAUCACAUCAGGACGGAAGCGGCCGAAAUGGUCUCCAGAAGGAAGAGGUUUGAGGUGAUAAUGGCCGAAAAUCAGGCGUCCGUCGUCGCACUCACCAAUCGCCUGGCGCAGAGCAACGCUGAAGUGGAGAGACUGCAACAUGAACUGGAACGCGGUGAAGACUGUAUACGCGAGCACAAGGAUCUACUUAGUACGAUGCGCAAUAACUCGCAAUUGGUGAACGAACAAGUGCACGUGUUCAUGGAGGAGCUGGACGCGCAGAGGGGAAUGGUAGACCAGCUAGAGGCCGGCAGUCUCUCCGAAUUCGAGGCGAUCAAACCCAUCUUCGAGGUGAAAAUCGAAAAUCUGAAACGCGUAGCAGCGGAGGAAAUUGCGCGACUUCAGAACGAUUGCGAGAAGAAGUCGCUUCAAAACGACGAGAUGAAAAAACAACUCGGCGAAAUGGCUAAUAAUCUUAAUCAGGCGCAAGGACUGCUGCUCACAUUGGAGGAGCGAAAUGAUGCGCAAGCGGUCAACGUUUCACGAUUGGAGCUGACGAAUAGCAAGCUCAAGGAGCAAUUAAGGAGCCAAGAAAAAACGCUAGAAGAAAAUAACCAAUUACUUCAAGUUCGAGCAACGCAGUGUAAGAACUCCAUAGAUGAGAUGAAUUCUCGUGUACGAGAGCUUUCUAAGAAAGUCGAGCUGCUCGAAAAUGAUAAGAAAUAUGCGGAAAAAGUCGCCCUGUUAUUAAAGGAGGAGCAAAGUAAGUGGGAAACUUUGGAGAAUGCGCUUAAGCAACAACUCCAGGAGGAGAGGGCGCGACGAGAAGAGGCUGAAGAGGAAGCCAAGAAAAUCGCAGAACUCAGCAGCCGCCUCAAAAGGGAUUUCGAGGAAAUCAGCGGAAAGUAUGCAGAUAUGAUCGGCCAUCAGAACCCUAAGCAAAGAAUCAAGCAUGUAGCUCAGCUAAAAGAUAAGAUCUACCAAUUGGAACAGGAAUUGUCCACCAAGAUCCGAUUAGUUGAACAGCAACAAAAGACCAUAGAAAAAUUAAAAGCGGAGGAAAAGCGAUCUCAUUGGAAAGGCAAGGAGAACAUCGGGAUACAUUCAACCCCCAUUUCUUCGCCGCAUAAGACACUGACGACGCCGUUAAGGAGUCGGAACGAUUAAUCUUAACUAGUAUUUAAGAUUUAUCGCUAAGCAACAGAAUUAAGAUUAAUUGAUCUAACUUCUUACGGUGUCAACCUAGGCUACAAGUAUUCGAUUCAAUGCGUGCGCGAAUAAUAUGCCGAGGAAAACCCGGGAGAACAUUCGUCGGACGGUUUAAUAUUAAUGCUAUUCAUAUAUCGUUGAAAAAUAAGAAAAAGGGAAUUAUAUGACGUCGGAAUAUGUAUAUUUUUUUUUAUAAGAGUUAUAAAUAUUGUUAAUACCUACUGUUAAUUUUUCGCCAUUAUGUGUUUCAAACUUAGAUUAAAUUGACCAUAAUUCGUUUCUGCCGCGGCACGUUCUUAGGA